AUGAUCAAGUUGGUUCUAAUAACAUCAUCAAUUCUCAAACUAAACUUGUUAUUAUUACUCGUGCUUCGAUUCUCAUCAUCAUCAUCAUCAUCAUCAACACCCUCGAACGACUAUUACCCAGAAGAAAGAGAUGCCUUGAUAGAGCUAAGAGAUUUUCUCAGCUCAAAUGCAGAUUUGCACAAGAAAUGGACAGGUCCACCAUGCAUCCAAAACGACACCAAAUGGGUUGGCGUUUUAUGCUCAAAUGGCCAUGUCGUUCACCUCACCUUGGAAGGAAUCCAGCUCAAAGGAACUCUUCCACCAACAUUUCUCCAUAACAUAACUUUCUUGACCAAACUUAGCUUCAAAAACAACUCAAUCACAGGUCCACUUCCCAACCUCACAAAUCUCAUUCACUUACAAUAUGUCUUCUUAUCACACAACAACUUUUGGGGUCCAAUUCCUAUGGAGUUCACUCAAUUGCCAGAUCUCAACUCUCUUGAGCUCCAAGACAACUUGUUGUAUGGGCAAAUCCCACCUUUUGAUCAGUCAACUCUGACUGUUUUCAACGUCUCUAACAACCAUCUUUCUGGUCAGAUACCAAACACAAGUGUUCUUCAUAGGUUUCCAAGGAGUUGCUUUGAUCAUAACUCGGAUCUCUGUGGGAUACCUUUGGAAAUUCCAUGCCUGUUUUCGCCACCGUCACUUCCACCGCCGCCACCUCCCAAUUCGCCUCCUUCGACACGAGAUAAUGAUAAGAAGAGUACUCUCAAGAAAUGGAGUAUUGUUGGUCUGAUUAUUACUGCGGCCGCUUUGGUUUCUUUUAUUGUUAUUAUUGGUUUCUUGUGUUGUUACAAAAUUAUAGUUCAAAGGAAAGAAGCAAAAAAGGGCAUCAAUGCAGGUAUGGUUAGUAAUGGGUUUUCAGAAUCAAGAAUGACUUCACCAGAGAGCAGUACGGACCCAGAAAAAGGUGUGGAUUUAGAGUUUUUUGAUAAACAAAUGCCUGCAUUUGACUUGGACGAUUUGCUUAGAUCCUCAGCAGAAGUGUUAGGCAAAGGAUCAUUAGGAACUACCUACCAAACGACACUAGAAACAGGUCAAAGAUUGGUCGUAAAGAGAUUAAACAACAUGAACGAGUUGGGAAAGAAAGAAUUUGUUCAGCAAAUGCAGUUGCUAGGAAAGACAAGGCAUGCAAACCUUGUACAAAUCGUGUCUUUCUAUUAUUCUAAAGAUGAGAAGUUGGUUAUCUAUGAGUUCGUCCCUCAUGGCACUCUUUUUGAACUUUUACACGAGAAGAGAGGAAUAGGAAGAGCACCACUAAACUGGGGAACAAGGCUUUCCAUAAUCAAAGACAUAGCCAAAGGUCUCAACUUCCUUCACCAAUCUCUACCCCAUCACAGAGUUCCUCACGCAAACCUCAAAUCCACCAACGUUCUCAUACACCAACACCAUCACAACUUCCAUUCGAAGCUCACAGAUUUCGGAUUCUUCCCUCUGAUACUCGACUCCCGCAGCUCCUCCUCCGAUCAAAAGCUCGCCGCCACAAGGUCGCCGGAGUACGCUCACCAGCGAAACAAGUUUAACAAGCUCUCGCGAAAAGCCGACGUGUAUUGCUUCGGCGUCAUCAUUUUGGAGAUCAUAACGGGAAAAAUCCCCGGCGAGAUAUCGCCGAUGAGCGACGACACCACGACGAGGGACCUCUCCGAUUGGGUUCGGGCGGUGGUGAAUAGGGAUUGGUCAACGGACAUUUUGGACGUCGAGAUAGUCUCGGCCAGAGAAGGUCACGAUGAGAUGUUGAAGUUGACUGAGGUUGCUCUCGAGUGUACGGACGAGAGACCUGAGAAAAGGCCGAAGAUGAGUGAAGUUUUGGUGAAGAUUGAAGAGAUUGAACUACAGCAUAGGGAACGCAACUGUGACUGAGUUUGGUUAUUUAAACUUCUCUUCUCAUUUCAAUUUUUACAUUUUUUUCUUCAUUUUAUUGAUAAUUAUUACAAUGAGAAAGAGAGGUAUUCAUACAUAUA